AUUGUCCCAUAGUUUGGACUUUGGAGACUUCAAUCAAAUACAUUUCGUGUGUUGGACUGUUUAUUUCAACCAAACACACCCAUUAUUUACUAUUACGCCACUCUAUAAUCCCCAUUUUUUUCGAAACUUCCUUACCCCGGAUCUAGCUACCUACCUCCUCUCAUUUUCGUUUCCUUCACCAUUCAGGAAUUUUGAAGAGAUCAGAUGGGGGAUGGGACUGGGCAUUCGCGUUAUGUGAAGCUGACUAAAGAUCAAGUUCCGAUUGAAGAUAUCAAACCCGGGGAGCUUAAUCAGCCCAUUGAGGUUCCUCAGCUGAAUGUUCGCAAGUGCAAUGAGUGUGGACAGGCUCUCCCAGAAAGCUUUGAACCACCUGCUGAUGAACCAUGGACAACUGGGAUCUUUGGUUGUUGCGAAGAUAGAGAUAGUUGUUUGACAGGACUAUUUUGCCCAUGUGUUCUGUUUGGUCGCAAUGUCGAAAGCUUAAGAGAUGAUACGCCUUGGACCACCCCUUGCAUUUGUCAUGCUGUUUGUGUUGAAGGCGGGAUGGCACUGGCAGUAGCUACUGCAAUCUUACACGGUGCUGACCCGAGGUCUGCAUUUCUCAUUUGCGAGGGUCUAUUCUUUGCUUGGUGGAUGUGUGGCAUAUAUACAGGUCUUGUUCGUCAAUCAUUACAGAAGAACUACCAUCUUAAGAAUUCGCCAUGUGACCCUUGCAUGGUGCACUGCUGCUUGCACUGGUGUGCCUUGUGUCAGGAGCACCGUGAGAUGAAGGGGCGUCUUUCUGAGAACUCUGUGUCACCAAUGACCAUCGUCAAUCCUCCCCCAGUUCAAGAGAUGAAGUCUGAGGAUGAGACUCAGCCUUCCGCACCAAACACAUCUGCUAACAACAACGGCCAUACCAAUUUGGAAAUGCAGGCUUUAUAGAAUAUUAUACAUGAUUUCAAAUGCUAGCAAUGUAGGGUUUUCAAAUGGCCUGUAGAAAUCCUAAGAUUAUAAAAAAAAAAAAAAAAAACGUUUGGAUUCACAUACACAAUCACCCCAAACUUCUGGUACAAAUGUCUGCUGAGAUUUUUCAUGAUUUUGAUUUUUGAAUCAUUAAUGUAUUGUUGGAAGAUACAAUCUUUGGUGAUCAUUUUUUU